AAAGUUGUUUCCUUGCUCUUCUCGCACGCUAUCCGAACCCUCCGCCAUGGAUUCUAGCGACAAGCUUCACCUCCUCUUCUUUCCCCUUAUGAGUCCCGGCCACUUCAUCCCCAUGGUCGACAUGGCACGUCUCUUCUCCUCUUUCCCCAACGUCCACUGCUCCUUCAUCACCACUCCGGCCAACCCCAUCACCAUCUCCGCCGUCAACGUCAUAACCAUUCCCUUCCCAGACCCUUCCAUCACCGGCCUCGCCGUCGGCCAAGAGAACCUCUCCACCGUUCCCACCUCCGGCUUCACCACCUUCACCACCGCCCUCUUCCACUUCCGCGACCCAAUCACCACCCUCCUCCACGACCUCCGGCCAGACGCCCUCAUCUCCGACUCACUCUUCCCCUGGACGGCUGCCGUCGCCAGAGACCUCCACAUCCCUCGCAUCAUCUUCCACGGCGCCGGUGCCUUCCCUCUCUACGUCUCCUCCAAAGUCCUCUCCCAAUUCCCCAUUCAAACCCCAUCCUUCUCCAUCGCCGGCCAACCUCACGAGAUCCACCUCCAUAAAGACGGCUUGCCGGAGCUCUUCUCCAACUUUGACAUGCUCCGGCAGCUGGGUGAAGCCGAGUUCACCAGCUACGGCGUCGUCAUCAACACCUUCUACGAAAUGGAACCCAGCUACGUAGAUUACUACAAGAUCAACACGAAAGCUUGGUGCGUCGGACCCUUGUCGGAGUUCGGGCGGGAAGGAAGAGUGGAAGAAGACCACGAGGUGCUCUCAUGGCUGGACAACCAACCUGAAGGAUCAGUAAUAUAUGUUUGUUUUGGGAGUUUGUGUCACUUCACGGCGGCGGAGUUGAGAGAGAUAGCGGUUGGGUUGGAGAAGUCCGGCGAAAGGUUUGUUUGGGUGGUGAGGAAGGAGUUUGAAGAGGAUGAGGUUAAGGAGGAGUGGUUGCCAGAAGGGUUUGAGAAGAGGGUGGAAGGGAGAGGGAUGAUGAUCAGAGGGUGGGUGCCGCAGGUGAAGGUGCUCCGGCGAGCGGCGGUGGGGUGGUUUGUGACACAUUGUGGAUGGAACUCGUUGCAAGAAGGGGUGGUGGCCGGAGUGGGGUUGGUGACGUGGCCUUUGUUUCAUGAGCAGUUUGUGAACCAGGAGUUGGCGGUGGAGGUGAUGGGAGUGGGAGUGAGGAUGUGGGAUGGGUUUCGAAGGAGAAGAGGGGAGGAGGUGGUUGUGACGGCGGAGGAGAUCGCCGGAGUAGUGAAGAAGGUAAUGGGAGGUGGGGAGGAGGUGGAGAAGGUGAAGAGGAAGGCGAAGGAGUAUGGGGAGAAGGGGAGGAAAGCGGUGGAGGAGAGUGGGAGUACUUUUGAGGAUGUGAGGAGGUUGGUGGAGGACUUGGAGGCUCGCCGGAGGGAGAGGAUGGUCGCCGGAGGUUGAGACAAAACGGUGAUGUAUCGCCGGAGCAAGUAGUAAUAGUUGGUAGUGGUGAUUGUCUGUGCUUUGUCAGUAAUAAUGUUGGGUUGCUUUUUCAUUUUGUUUGUGGUUGAUGGGGCUUUUGUUUGACUUUCUGUUGACGAAAUAAAAUAAAAAAAUUGGAUUA